UGAAAUUACUUCUUAAUAUUUUAUGUUUAACACUAAAUCACGUCAUUACAUAAAAAUACCAUUUUAGCCACAACCUUUCUCUAUAUAAACAUUUUUAGCCUCCGCCUCUCUCUCAUCAAACCACAGAACACCUCACAAAUUUUAAAGCUACACCUCUCUACUACACCUCUGUAAUCUCUCUCUAUCUCCAAAAAAUGGCAGAAACAGCAACAUUAUCGUCACUCAAACGUCAGAGAGACGAGCAAGAACAAGAAACCAUACCCCAAGAAGAUACAAAAAAACAAAAGCCUUCUUCGUUUUAUACUUCAUACAAUCAAGUUCAAUGUUUCUUAGAUGAUGCAGAAGCAGGCAAUGAUUUAACUUCCCAAUUCACCACACUGCAGCAAGAACUUUCUACGGAGGAGCAAAACGCUGUCGUAUUUGAGAUUCCUGCUCUCUCUUCGUCUUCUUGCUCUUCGUCCUCUUCGUGCGCUUCAAAGGAUGAAGAAUACGAGAGCGAUAAGGAGAAGGUGAUGAAGCAUCUUUUAGAAGCUUCUGACGACGAACUAGGAAUACCUAACACUAAAUUUGGCGAGAGUAAUUAUGAGGUGGUUAAGAAUGAAAGUAAUCAGGAUUACAUUAAUGGGUUCAGUUUAUUAGAUGGGUUUGGUGAUGGGCUUUGGGAGCUCGAGGAUGAAGCUGCUAACUAUUACACGUUGUUGCAGUCAGAAUUGUUCACGUAGAAGUCCAUAUAACGGUAAACUAGGGUAACAAGAAAGGGUGGGUAAAAAAGAGAGAGAGUAAAACCAAAUAUGAUGAAAGAAAAAAAUAAUUAUGAAAGAAGAAAAUAAUUAAAUAUUUCUUUAUCAAUUUUAUUUUUUCAUUGUUGGGUUUCUUUUUUCAUGUGAAUUGACAGGUGUCCUCUUUUAUUUGUUUUAGCUAUUAUAUUUAUAUUUCUUUCUUUAAUGUGUUUAAUUUUCAGUGGGACUAAUGAUAAUGAUACUAUUUUGUUGUUUUUGUCUUUAAAA